CUGUCCGAUGCGCUGGCAACAGGUUGCGCUGGUGGCGCGGUGGAUUUUCCCCUCACGUCUUCGGUUCCUUGAGUAACAUCCUCUCAUCCCACCAGCACUGUUACAGGGCUGCUGCUGCUGCUGCUGCUGCUGCUGCUGCUGCUGUGGUAAGGUCUGACAGAGGAGCCCCUGACUGGAAAGGGAUUUGGAUUAUCUUUGCAGGCUGCUUGCACAGAAACCAGGAAGUGAACAUGAGCACUCUCUCCAACGACAGGAAGCCGCUCGUGGAUUACGGCGUUCAGAUCCGCUUCAUCAAGGACCUCCAUGACACAGGCGGGGGUUAUCCCGAUAAAUCCAAAGGAAACAACAGUGCAACUCCUACUUCCAGUAAAUAUGGGGUGGCAGUGCGGGUCCAGGGAAUCUCUGGACAGCCUUAUGUGGUCCUGAAAGAUGGCGAGAAAGGUGACUCAUAUGGAGUUCAACUAAACACUCCCACCACCAGCUCAGGUCCACCAUCACCUUACAGCAGCCUCCCAAAAACUAAUAAAGAACCAGAAGAAUUCACAAACCCCUACAUCCCUGUUGUAAACACAGCAUGCUCCCCUGUUUCUCCAGCAGAGGAUGAGGAUGGGGAGGUUUUCAGGAGCCCUCUUAGACGACCUCCAGGGGAUGGUCAAGCAGGAACACAAGUGGAGGAGGAAGGUGGACCUGGAAGAGAAGGACAGGUGGAAAGGGCAAAAACUGAACCCCAACUCAAAGCAACAGCUAGUGAAACAGAGAAAAACAGAGAUUGGACUAGUAUAGAUGGUUAUAACGAAGCAGGGCUGAAACCUGUCAAAUUAAACGGCAUGGGACCCAGAGGGGUCAAGCAAACCAGUUCUGGUUUCACUGGCUCUUUGGGGAGGUACUGCGGGAAAAAACAGAGUACAGAUUCCCCUUCAGAGUUGUUCCCAGCACCUCCAGCAUCAAACAAUGAGGAGCCUGCCCCAGCAAUCGACACCAACUCCCUGGCACCCAUCAACAAGCUCAUCAGUAAGUUUAACAGUGGGACACCAGGCAGCACCCCACAGACCAGAGGCCGCUCUGGAGCAAGGCAGCGGCUCAGGUUUGACGAACGCAGGCGGUCCAGAAGUCUUGAUGCCAGAAAAGAUGUUCAGCCAGAGGUUUCCCUUCCCUCUCCUACCUCUCCCACUCUGAAUCCCUAUGCUCCUCCUCUGUCUACCUCCUCCAAUUUGUUGACGUCAUCUGCCAUGGCAAGCGGUAGCCUGGGAAGGAGCCCUGCAUCUGUUGCCAAGGUGACGGCACUCAAGGCCCCCAAGCCGAGCUUUAAGUCACCAGGGAAGUUCGUUGCCAAGGACUUCUCUCCAGCUGUAGCUAAAAAGCCCGAGAUACCUCGGAGGAGCCUGAGUCAAAGCACAGAGUUCAUUAGUGAAGAAGAAGCUCAGGUCAAGCAGUCUAUUUUCAACAUCCAGAAAGACGGCAACAGUGAGAGUGAAGGAUCCCUCAAAAGAAAGGUCAACCUUGGUUAUGAGACAACCGGCAGUUUUAAGAAGGGAGGAUCUGAUGGAAGCCUCCAAAAGGGGAAUCUUGAGGAACUUCAGGAGCAACUCAAUCGCUGCAAGAAAGAACUGCAGCAGGCCCAUGAUGAACUGGCCGAGGAGCGAAUGGCCAGAGAGGCUGCAGAAUCUCGUCUGCGCCUACAGGAAGAUCAGCUGGCUCACCUUCAGGAGGAGCUGAGGAGGGUUUCAGAAAUCUCACCCCACUCAGAAUCACUGCAGACGGAUGUGAUGACUCUGCAGGCCGAGCUGGCUGAGGCUGCCAUGUUGCGUCAGCGCCAGGAGGAUAUGCUCCACCAGCGGGAGCGCGAGCUGACGGCCCUGAAGGGAGCGCUGAAGGAGGAGGUUGAGUGCCAUGACAGAGAGAUGGAGGCUCUCAGGGAGCAGUACAGCCAGGACAUGGAGAACCUGAGAAAAACCAUGGAACAGGUCACACAGUCCCAGGAGCAGAUAGAGGAGGAGAGGGAGAGGGUGAACACCUCCGUGUUGACCCUGGAGGAAGAGCUGGAGAGCUGCAAAGAUCAGGGAGAGCAGUGGAAGACACAGCUGGAGAUCACCACACAGAAGCUGCACAUCACCAGAGAAGAGCUGCUGAAAUCCCGUUUAGAGAAGGAAGAAUUUGAGGGUGAGCUGAAGGAUCUCCAGGUUUCACUUCUCGCCAUGAAGAAACAAAAGCCUGCAUCUGACGAUAACCGUUCUUUAACAGAGGAGCUUCAGCGUUGCCAUGACGACCUGAAGCGGGCUUGCGCCGAUCUGGACAAACAAAAGGGCGAGUUAGACGAGAAGAGCGAGGCCCUUCAAGCCGUGAAGAAAGCGAGUGGAGAGAAAGAGGCCGAGCUUCUGUCUGAAAUCACCAGGUUGAAGGAGCAGUCGCAAAAAGACAGGGCCGAGCUGGAAAAGGCUCUCGAGAAGUCAAAAGAGUCAUCAAUUGGAUCCACAGGAAGGAGCGUGGUGGACUACGGCACCAACCUGGAGCUCCAGGAAGCAAAUACUCGCCUCAGGGAGAGGCUGGCACGCAUGACGAGGCUUCAUUCCAGCAUGCCCCGGAGCUUGGAAGCCGAGGAGGCAGUGGAAGCUAUGGAGGAUGAGAACCGCUCCCUGAAGUCUCAGCUGGAGGAGGCCAAGAGAGGAGCCACCCGCCUAAGCAAGGAGAGGGAUGAGCUGACCCGGCGGCUGGAAGAGAGGGACCUCGAGAGGGAGGCACUGCGGAGGAGCAAGAGCGACCUGGAGGAGCAGAAGAGACUGCUGGACCGAGCCCUGGAGAAGAUUAACAAAGAGAUGGAGAUGAUGAUGGGAGAUUCCCGUCAGUCGGUGGCAGCCCUUCAAACACAACUUGAUGACUACAGGGAGCGUUCGAGGAAGGACCUGCUGGAGGCGCAGCGCAACUGCAAAGACAGGCUGACUGAGCUGCAGAGAGCCCAGAGCAACCUGAAGGCCCAGCAAGAAGAGGUUUCCCGUCUGAAGAAGGAGAUGCUGGUGUGCAGUGAGGACCGAGACAGCGCCCAGCUGGAGAGAGACCUCCUCAGCAACCGUCUCAAACACUUGGAGAGUGAACUAGAGUCAGAGAAGAGCACCCACACUGAUCGCACCAGGGAGAUCAGGGGCCUGGAGGAUAAAAUUAAGACACUGGAGAUUGAGCUGGAUGAGGAGAGGAGCAGUGUGGAGCUUCUAAAUGACCGUAUCACACGUAGCAGAGAUCAGGUGGAUCAGCUUCGUUCAGAGCUGAUGCAAGAGCGGUCGGCAAGACAUGACCUGGAGAUGGACAAGAGUGCAAUUGAGAGACAAGUGAAGGAGUUGAAGUCUCGUGUGGCAGACAUGGAGGGACAGACUCGGCCCUCAGCUGGAAUCGCUCUGCUGGAAAACAAAAUUCAGGAGUUAGAGGAGAGACUUCGCAGUGAAGAAAGGGAGAAGGCCAGUAUCCAGGCCUCUCAGAGACGAGUGGAGAGAAAACUAAAGGAGCUAAACGCCACGUUAGACCAGGAGAGAAGCCAGCAUGUUGAGCAGAGAGAUCAGCUGUCUCUGCGUGUGAAGGCCCUGAAACGGCAGGUAGACGAGAGCGAAGGAGAGGUGGAGCGCCUGGAGGGAGUCCGCCGUAAGGUUCUCAGGGACUUGGAGGAGCAGCAGGAGCUCCAGGAGGCACUGCAGGCAAAAGUCACAGCACUGGAGACUGAACUAAAGCGGAAGUCACAGCAGACACAUCGUGCAGCUCUGGGCUCCUCCACUUUAAGCUCUGAGGAUGAGGACGGUUUCUAUAACACCAACAUCACCUCCAUCCUGAAUGAAAGCCACCUACAGACCACCAACUGCUAGAAUAAGAUGACCGCAAGAGUAAAAAGAUUUUUUUUUUUUUUUUGCCUAGCAAAAACAUGUAAGAAUUUGUCAGAGAAAGGUACUCAGUGCAUCAGGGACUCGCUUGCUUGUGUGAAGAACUCUGUUGCCAUGCACUACAGACUUGCCUUGCAGUUGUUCUUGGACUUAUUUUUAGUGCAGCAGUCCAACAGAGACAGGUUGUCAGGACAAUUAGACUGCAGUUCUUUGAGCCUUCAGCUGUGAUUAGGAUUGCUUCUUUAUUGUCAUGUUGUAUCUGUCUCGAGAUCUGCUGUUUCUCUGUUUUGUUGAAGAGAAGAAUUACAAUUACAGUUAAAAAUAUAAGGUUUUACUUCAUGUACUUCAACUUGAAUUGUUUUCAAAAAGGCUCUAUGCUGUUGGUGUUUUUUAUUGACCAUAUUUACUGUAUACUACUGUGGUAGCACACUACUGUGACAUGGUUUAUGUUCAGAGGUCAAAUGGUAGCGAGAUAUUUUACCAGUUUAGUUCCACUGACGCCAGACUUGCAGAUUCAAAUCCAUUUUAAACCAAAAGAAUAUUUUUUUUUCUUACUGUUCUUACUUUGUUGGUUUUAUCUGUUUGCAUGAUAAGUUGCAUCUGUCAGUGUUGUUAGUGUUGCUCCAGGUGUUUCUUUGUGUAUUGAAAGUAAUGUAAUGUUUUGGUUGUUUUUGUUUUUUUUACCUUUGACUGUGACAGUAAUGGGCCGUUUAAACUGUAUAGUAUUUUUACACUGUAUUAGCUUUGCAUACCUGUUACUCAAGACAAUCAAAUAUACAUACAGUAACACUGUGUAUCCUCAGAGAUUAAUUUUCUCGCUUAAAAAUUUUUUUUUACUUUAAUGGCCAUAUUUCCGAAUGUGGUUCAAUAUAUCGCUGUGUAUUUGGCUUGAUCCAUUUGCAUGUUUUCCCUCAAAUGCCUUGAAAUUUACUUUUAUAUCUUUAUUUUAACUUGUCACCACUUGUGUUCUGUUAUGCUGCUGCUGUAAUGAUUUCAAUUGUAUUUCAUAGGCUUGCUUGUGUCUCCCGUGCAUUCCUAACGGACGUAUCAUCCUUGUUGCACCCGGCUGUUAUGAAUGUUGAUUAUAGUCUCCCAAUGACAUUUUGAUGGUAUUAUUAUAUUUCAAAUAUGUCACUUUUAACAUUUUUAUUCGGGCAAUUAGAAGCAAGUUAAAAAUUUAGAGUAUGUUCAUUAAGCUGCUGGUAACAUUUGAUAUGCGGCAAAGAGCUUUAUAACCUUCCCAACAUUUUUGACAGAUAUUUUAAUUAAAUUUUGGACCGUGUGCACAAUAA